UGGGGGCAGAGGAAAACCCGGCGGCGGCGGCGCUGGGCCCCGCCAGAGCGCGGGCGGCGGCGGCCAGGCGGGCUCCGCGCCGGACUCCGCUUCGCUCCGCGCCGGCCCCUCCCGGCGGCACGCGGCGCGGCGCGGGGCAGGAAGGGGUGGAGCGGCCGGCAGAGCGCUCGGCGGGGAGGCAGGAGGGCAGCGCCGGAGCCGGGCGGGCGGCGAGAGAGGUGGCCCGGCCAUGCUGAGGCCGGCCGGCGCCGCAGCUCCCCGGAGCGCCCGCGUCGAGCGGCAGCCUGGCCGGUCCCGCUGAGCCCGCGGCCCCGGCCGGCCGCUCGCGGCCGCUCCCGAUGGAGCCCGAGGAGCGGAAGAUCUCGGUGUGGAUCUGCCAGGAGGAGAAGCUGAUCUCCGGGCUCUCCCGGCGGACCACCUGCUCGGACGUGGUGCGGGUGCUGCUGGAGGACAGCCACCACCGGCGGCAGCGCCCGGCGCCGCCCGAGCCCGGCGGCGGAAUGCUGUCGGGGCCGCCGCACUCGUACUGCAUCGUGGAGAAGUGGCGAGGCUUCGAGCGGAUACUGCCCAACAAGACGAAGAUCCUGCGGCUCUGGGUGGCGUGGGGGGACGAGCAGGAGAACGUGCGCUUCGUGUUGGUGCGCAGCGAGGCCUCGCUGCCCAACGCGGGGCCGCGCAGCGCCGAGGCGCGGGUGGUGCUCAGCAAGGAGCGCCCCGGCCACGGCUUGGGGGCGGCCCGCGGCAGCCUGGCGCUCACGCAGGAGCGGCAGCGGCGGGCAGUGCGGAAAGCCUUCCGCAAGCUGGCCAAGAUCAACAAGAAGCGGCAGCAGCCGUUGGCCCGGGAAGCCUCGGCGGCGGAGAGGAUGGAGACGCUGGUGCACCUGGUGCUCUCGCAGGACCACACCAUCCGCCAGCAGAUCCAGCGGCUGCGCGAGCUGGACCGGGAGAUCGACAAGUACGAGGCCAAGAUCCACCUGGACCGCAUGAAGCGGCAUGGCGUCAACUACGUGCAGGACACCUACCUGGUGGGCGCCGGCGGAGGGGAGCCCGAGCCCGAGCCCGAGCCCGAGCCGAGCCGGGAGGCGCCUCCCGAGGAGGACUACGCCAGGAAGUGCGAGGCGGUGCUGCAGCUGCAGGAGCAGCGGGCGCAGCAGGAGGAGCUGCUCGAGCACCUGGCCGCCGAGAUCCAGCAGGAGCUCAACGAGCGCUGGAUGAAGCGGCGGCGGGAGGGGCUGGAGCUGGCCGCGGGGCCCGGCCUGGCCGAGACGGACUGCGACACCACCGAGCUGAGCGGUGGCGGCGAGGGCGAGCUGCAGCUGGAGCACGAGCGGGUCAGGACGCAGCUGAGCACCAGCCUCUACAUCGGCCUCAAGCUCAGCACGGACCUGGAGGCCGUCAAGACCGACCUGGACUACACGCAGCGGGCGUGGGAGGACAGGGAGCGGGAGCUGCAGCGCCUGCUGGAGACGCUGGGCACCCUGGACGUGGCGGAGGCGGCGGCGGAGCCGCGCGGGGCGGUCGGAGGGCGGCGGGCGGCGACGGGCGGCUGGCUGGAGCAGGCGCGGGCGCUGCACAAGGACGGCGCCGACAACGACGAGGACUCGGACACAGGGCUGAGCUCCAUGCACAGCCAGGACUCGGACUCGCUGCCCGUCUGCGAGUCCCUCGUCUAGCGCCCGCCGCCGGGCCGGGGAUGCAGGGCGGCCGCCGCCCGUCGGCUGCGCGGCUGCCCGGCCCGGCCGCGGCCAAGCCCCCGUCUCUGGGGCGGCCCCGAACCACGCCCGACCCCGCGCAGCGGGCCCCCGGCAUCCGAAAGCUGCUGAUCGUCUGCGAGCCAGCGGGGGAGAGAGGUGUCCCUGCUGCUGAGGUGCCAACGCCGAGCACCGGGGAACGCGCUGCAGUUCCUUCUGGCAACGAAAAGGGGUGAUCAAUCACUUCUCCCAAAAGGGCAAACUAAGGCAAAACGGAGAUGAACGUGCCGUCUGAACCAGCUCUGCGGAGUGCUUUUCCCUAUGUGUAGAUAUGAGUGCUUUGUUUAAAGGCGUACUAAGAAAUCUAUUAGUAUCAGCGUUCCUUUGACAGUCUGUGAAAGCAAUUAGCAGAGCCUGUACGUACACAGCCUUCGACUACGUUUUUUUCAUGAGGCUAGCUGAUACUUGGCUGAGCUUGGCUGUAGGUAAACAAAGUACAGAAUCAGCUUGAGCUACCAUUUUUAAUAAUAUAGUUUGUAUCAGGCCAAGAGAUUACAAUGAUAAAAGCAUGACUCAAGCCCUAGCUGCACUGGAGCUUAAUCUUUUCAGUUAUUCUAAUAAAAAAAAAAGGGCAUCAGCUGUAACAUGCAUUUCACUUAACUGCCAAAUCUUCUUCUGCAGCUUAACUCUUACUGAAAGUACAUGAUCUGCUCUUACAAUAAGAGAGAUUAGGAUUGUUGUAUUUCUGAAUAAUUACAAAGAUGGUUUAAGCAGUGAGAGACCAGAGAAUGUUUACUCAGUCCUGGCUGACGGUGUGAACUUGUUAAAACUUCUGAGAUUAUUAUUUAUGUAAGGCUAUUUAUGAAAUUUUUCAUUUAAUGAUAAGAAAGUAUGAAAAGGGAUACAUCAACAGACCAAUUAUUUACUUUGUACAAAAACCUUGCAGCUGCCUCUCCCGAAGCCUGGGUCCCACUCCCCAGCGGUGUGCUCACUGGUAGGAUUCUGCAGGACAGUGAGGAACAGGCUGUGGCCAGGCAGCUGAAAAGCCAUAGGAGAAAUAUUGUCUGGGGAUCUGCUGAGGCUGUAAAACUCCCCAUGUGCUAUCGUUCUUGAAAAGUGUUAUUCCACUGAAUGGGCUUCAGUUAUAAAAAAAUGGUGAUUUAUUUUAAACACUGAUUAUAUAAUUGUUUUGCAUAUUUUAGCCAAAUUUGAAAAAUAUUUAAGAACCUAUUUUUAGACCUAAUAAAAUUCUUUAUAAGACUAAA